AUGCAGUGAAAAAUAUUUUUUGAUAAAUGAAAGCCGUCACUGAUAAACUCUAAACAUGCUUAGAUUUCUUGAAUGUCUAACAAUUACAAUAUUGAUAGGAUCUGUAGAUAUCUCGAGUAAACUGAUUUUAAACAGCUUAGAAGAUGUUUUAAAGGAUAAUGAUGUUGAUUACUCCAGAUUAAAAGAAGAAGCUGAGCUAAUUAGUUCUACGAGAAAAAUAUCAAAACGAUGUCCUGAAGUUGAAGAGAUAGAAGAACUUUUCCAAGUUUGGAUCCAGACUCAAGAUGGACUUAAAAAGGAGCAUAUUGAAACUUCUACCUAUGUUGACACUAUCGACGACUCUACAAGAAUUCACAACGCUCUGGACCCUUGGAUCUACUCGGAUAUUGUUAUCAGGCCCUUGUUGAACUGUGUCGAUGCCGCGCAUCCUGUUUUAUUAAAACAUUUAAAGGAUCGUAUUCUACAUGAACCUUCAAGUUCAUCUUAUAACUGGUCCACCUCUCAACCAAGUUUAGGAGGACAGUUUGGUCAACCUCGGUUCUUGGAUAUGGUUAUCUUUAAGGGUAAAGUUAAAAAUGGAUUCUUUAUUGAAGCUGGAGCUGAUGAUUUCGAGAGUGAUUCUAAUUCUGUUUACUUCGAGUUAAAGCAUGAUUGGAGCGGUAUUUUAGUAGAACCAAACCCAACAAUAUUCACCCUAGGAUUAAGUAAAGGGCGUAAGGCCUGGAGUGCUGGCACAUGCCUGGGAUUGACCGAUAAACCAUCAAUAUCUCAUUUCUCACAGAAAGCUAUCGAGGAUGGAAUGGCAGGGUUGGUUCCUGAAGAAAAUGACAAUAGCUUUAAAAUACAGUGCUUCCCCUUGUACAGUCUAAUUCUAGCAACUGGGAACAGAACAGUUAACUAUCUUUCUCUUGAUAUAGAGGGCGCUGAAUUCCAGGUUUUAAAAAGCAUUCCAUGGAAUAAAGUUGAUAUUGAAGUAUUAACCGUAGAAACUAAUCAUGCUGGACAAAUAUUCCCGGGAUCCCAGGAAGAGCUGAGACAGUAUAUGAAGGAAAAGGGAUAUGUUCUUGCGUACACUGUAGAUAUUGACGACGUGUUUGUUCGAAAAGAUCUAUAUGAGGGAAAGUACAAACCUGAUUUAAACAUGAUAAAAAAAUUUGAGAAAUUGUACAGCUCUAGUUGUGAUUGGGAUGGGAAUGGAAGAGUGGAAUUUUAUAGAAUUGUAACUCAAGCACUUCAUAACCGUAGUAGACAUAUCUCAAGCACUUCAUAACCAUAGUGAACAUAUCUCUAGAACUUCAUAACCGUAGUAAACAAAUCUCAAACACUUCAUAACCAUAGUAAACAUAUCUCUAUCACUUCAAUAACCAUAGUAAACAUAUCUCAAGCACUUCAUAACCGUAGUAAACAUAUCUCAAACACUUCAUUACCUUAGUAAACAUAUCUCUAGCACUUCAUAACCUCAGUAAACAUAUCUCAAUCAUUUCAUAGCCGUAGUAAGCAUAUCUCAAGCACUUCAUAACCGUACUAAACAUAUCUCUAGCACUCAUAACCGUAGUAAACAAAUCUCAAACACUUCAUAACC